AUGGUUAGAAAGAGAAAUGAUCAUUUUUGUGCCCCAACUAGUUCAGAUCCGUCAUACUGGAACCAAAACCGUCGAGAAAAUCUGUAUCCAAACUUGGAACGCUUAAGGAAGGAUGAUUUCAACUACAAAGACGGUGACGAUAGUAAUGUAUCAGACGAAUCAGAUCAUAGAGAAUAUGAUGAUUUUGGAAGGAAUGCUAGCACUUCAUCAAUAUUGGCAAGAUUGGAAUGGAUUUGGAAUCUGUUUUCUUCAGAUAUAAUGAAACGGUUUUGUAUUAUCCUGUUCAGUGUCAUUAUUGUCGCAAUUGUUGUUUUCGUUCGUAAUUCGUUAAUCGAUUUUACAUACUCAAAUUCAAGCAGUGAAACUGUUUCAUUGAAGAAUUAUAAGCAGUGGAUAAAUGGCAUUUUGAAGGAAAACUUCACUAACGAAUACGAACAUGGUACUAAUACGAAAGCAGUAUUGCGACUUAUUGGUGAGAAAUGGGUCUAUCAGAAACCAAUCGAACCGUAUGUGGUAUUAAUUGCGGGUGUAAAGGCCGAUAUGUUAGCCGAUGCUCUUGGUGAUGUUUUUUCCAAUAUUACUGGAAAAGGCGAAAUUGACAGGAUAUUUUGUAAUGAGUAUAAACAACGGCAGUUAUUGGAAAGUGAAGUUUCGAAGUCAUUAUCGAAGUACAGUAAAUCAGUAGUUUUACACGGAAUCGACAGACUGCGAGGACAUGCUCCAUUAUAUUUGCACAGUUUAUCUGAUCCCGAUCAUUCGCCGUUUCGUUCUGCUCUCAUUCUACUGACUAUUAAUUUAUUCUUCGGUUCAUACCCCAGCUGUGAAGAUGAGAUAUCUAGUCACUUAUUAAAUAUAUGGGACUCUGAUUAUAUUGGUGAGGACCAAAUUCGACCAAUUCUUUCUCGGAUAUCUUCUUUCUUGAUAUGCUUGGAAGAUUGA